CGGAAGCCGCUCUGGGAAACGGAACAGCUCGAGCCGGCUCUUAGCGCCGGCUGAGCUCGACGCUGGGGGCGUUCGGGGGUUGGGCGGAGGGCAAGUUUUUUGCUGGAUGUGGCCGCUGCCUCCACGGAUCCCAGAACUAGGACUUGGCCACGCCGCAGCCCCAGCUCGGGAGGAUCCUGGCACACCGGAACAGAUGCCUCUGUCAGUGGUGGUUGUACCUUACAUGAGAGAAGCCCAGGAAUGAUACAUUCUUGGGUUCUGUUCCUCAGCAUUCAACCGCUUCAGGACAGAAACACCAACUCUUUGCUUACCAGGACACACGUGACCUCAAUGAAGGUCGGAUGGACAGAUCCUUUCUGGUGACUUUUUGGCUUUUUUUUUUUUCCUCGUGCAAGUUAGAAGACAGUGAAAGGAUCCAAAAGUUACCUGCUUUGGUGAAUGACUUGGUUCUCAGAACAUGGGCCCUCGUUUAAAGUUGCAGCUGUGAUCCUCGGCUGUCUGCUGGCAUUGAAGAGACCUGAUGUUUUACGUUAUUGGUGGAAUCACAGUGUCUGUGGUUGCAUUCUUCUUCACAAUUAAGUUCCUCUUUGAGCUUGCCGCACGUGUAGUCAGCUUUCUUCAGAAUGAAGACCGUGAGCGCCGAGGGGACCGGACCAUUUAUGACUACGUGCGGGGCAAUUACCUGGAUCCCCGGUCCUGCAAAGUGUCCUGGGAUUGGAAGGACCCCUAUGAGGUGGGCCACAGCAUGGCCUUCCGAGUGCAUUUGUUCUAUAAGAAUGGACAGCCUUUCCCCGCACAUCGGCCCGUGGGACUGCGAGUUCAUAUCUCUCAUGUUGAACUAGCAGUGGAAAUUCCAGUGACCCAGGAAGUCCUACAGGAGCCAAAUUCCAAUGUUGUAAAGGUAGCCUUCACUGUGCGCAAGGCUGGGCGCUACGAGAUUACUGUGAAGCUUGGUGGAUUAAACGUGGCCUAUAGUCCCUACUACAAAAUUUUUCAGCCUGGAAUGGUGGUUCCUUCCAAAACCAAAAUUGUGUGCCAUUUUUCUACUCUUGUGCUGACCUGUGGGCAGCCACACACCCUGCAGAUCGUGCCCCGUGAUGAGUAUGACAACCCAACCAACAAUUCCACGUCCCUGAGAGAUGAGCACAACUACAGCGUGUCCAUCCACGAGCUUGGCCCUGAAGAAGAAGAUAAUGAGGAAGUCUCAUUUGAGAAGUCAGUGACAUCCAACAGGCAAACAUGCCAGGUGUUCUUGAGGCUCACCCUGCAUUCUCGAGGUUGCUUCCAUGCCUGCAUUUUAUACCAGAAUCAACCCAUCAAUAAUGGCGAAUUUGACAUUAUCGUCCUUAGUGAGAAUGAAAGGAACAUCGUUGAACGCAAUGUAUCCACCUCAGGAGUGAGCAUUUACUUCGAGGCAUACCUCUAUAACACUAACAACUGUGCCAGCACCCCAUGGCAUCUUCCCCCCAUGCACAUGAGCUCGUCUCAGCGCCGGCCCUCCACUGCUAUUGAGGAAGAUGAUGAAGACUCGCCCUCCGAGUGCCACACCCCUGAGAAGGUGAAGAAGCCGAAGAAGGUGUACUGCUACGUGUCACCAAAGCAAUUCUCCGUGAAGGAAUUCUACCUGAAAAUCAUCCCCUGGCGCCUCUACACCUUCCGAGUGUGCCCUGGAACAAAGUUUUCAUACCUUGGCCCUGACCCUAUCCAUAAACUCCUCACGCUGGUGGUGGAUGAUGGCAUCCAGCCUCCUGUGGAGCUCAGCUGCAAGGAAAGGAACAUUCUAGCAGCCACUUUCAUCCGUUCCCUGCACAAGAACAUCGGAGGCUCCGAAACCUUUCAAGACAAGGUCAACUUUUUCCAGCGAGAGCUUCGGCAGGUACACAUGAAGAGACCUCAUUCCAAAGUCACCCUGAAGGUCAGCAGACAUGCCUUGUUGGAAUCGUCUUUGAAGGCCACUCGGAACUUUUCCAUCUCAGACUGGAGCAAGAACUUUGAAGUGGUUUUCCAGGAUGAAGAAGCUUUGGAUUGGGGAGGGCCUCGCCGGGAAUGGUUUGAGCUAAUCUGCAAAGCACUGUUUGAUACCACCAGUCAGCUCUUCACCCGGUUCAGUGACAACAACCAAGCGCUAGUGCAUCCUAACCCUAAUCGCCCAGCUCACCUGCGCUUGAAGAUGUAUGAGUUUGCAGGGCGGCUGGUGGGCAAGUGUUUGUAUGAAUCCUCUCUAGGAGGAGCCUACAAGCAAUUGGUCCGUGCCCGUUUCACUCGGUCUUUCCUGGCCCAAAUCAUAGGACUCCGUAUGCAUUACAAGUACUUUGAAACAGAUGAUCCAGAAUUCUAUAAGUCCAAAGUGUGCUUUAUCCUCAACAACGACAUGAGUGAGAUGGAGCUGGUCUUUGCAGAAGAGAAAUAUAACAAAUCAGGUCAACUGGAUAAGAUUGUAGAACUCAUGACAGGUGGAGCUCAAACCCCAGUCACCAAUGCAAAUAAAAUCUUCUAUUUAAACUUGCUAGCCCAGUAUCGGCUGGCCAGUCAAGUGAAAGAGGAGGUGGAACAUUUCCUAAAAGGCCUAAAUGAGUUGGUUCCUGAGAACCUUUUGGCGAUUUUUGAUGAGAAUGAGCUUGAGCUGCUGAUGUGUGGCACUGGAGACAUCAGUGUGGCUGACUUCAAAGCCCAUGCUGUGGUGGUUGGUGGAUCCUGGCAUUUCAGAGAAAAGGUCAUGAGGUGGUUUUGGACUGUGGUUUCCAGUCUGACCCAGGAGGAGUUGGCCCGGCUGCUUCAGUUCACAACAGGCUCCUCUCAGCUCCCACCCGGAGGCUUUGCCGCCCUCUGUCCCUCAUUUCAGAUUAUUGCUGCUCCGACCCACAGCACGCUCCCUACUGCACACACAUGUUUUAACCAACUGUGCCUCCCUACAUAUGACUCAUAUGAAGAGGUCCACAGAAUGCUCCAGCUGGCCAUCAGCGAGGGCUGUGAGGGCUUCGGCAUGCUCUGACCGCUCCUGCUUGGCUCCCGCCCUCUCUCGAGCAUCUGGACACAUGCUCACAAGCAUAAUCACUGACCUUAAUACACGUAACCAUUAGCCAGAAGCUACUGCAUGCUCCCCUGUGUCUGGAGUGUUCUGUCAUCUCCAUUGUUCUUACCUCACCUCUCUGUGUCCACGUUUGCCACAGGCCACUUGGGCACGUGGUACCUAUCUGAGCCCUACUCAGUCAUGAGGAGAGGACCAUGCUGCUGUCAUUUUAUUUGGUCCUUUGAAGAUCUCUGCAGCUGAAUCUGCCUCAGUAGCUUGGAACGAUGGAUGACACAGAGGACUCGAUUCUGUUGGAAAGCUGGCAUGCUGAGACCCUUGGGCCAUGCCUCGUUCCAGCACCCUCUGCUCUUUGGAAAUACCCUCCAUGAUCUCACUACUUGACCACACUGGCACGUGAUCCCUUCUCCUGGGCUACCUAUCGCCUCCUCUCACCAAUAGCCAGGAGAAGCACAGCUAGGAUGGGGCUCACACAAGCCAUCUGAUUGAUCCUCCCACACAAUGGCAGGCGCAGGCCCUGGCACUGGGUGAGUUCUCAUGCGGACUGGUAGUACAAAAGGGUCUCUUUGUGGUAACAGAACUGGAAAAGACACUCCCUGUGGGCAUUUUCAAAGAUGAUCAUUAAUCCAUAAGGAGUUUGCUAAGCUUCCUCUUGAAUUUGAGCCAGUGAGAAAAGCCGUCAGAAGAAUGUGAAGGAUGGCUGUGCUGCUCCCUCGGGGAAGGGCCAUGUCCAGGCAUGUGGAUGGCUUGAAGACUACUGAUGCUUUUCUCUGAUCUUGUUGUUUGCACUGAAGGAUGGUUUGGCCUGACCUCCAACUUAUGUAGUCUGUUAAGAGCUUUCUUUAGCAUUCUGCUGGACAGUGAACAUAGCAUGCCAGCUCACUUUGGUGGUGGUCUCUGGCAGUGCUCAGGCAGAGGAACUGUGAUCAUAGUCCUUUGGGAUAGACAUGGCAGAGGUCCAGCAGCAGUAAAUACCUAGCAAUUCCAGGUACUUGACUUCAUCAGUUACCAGGAAGGGGAACCUAGGAGGGAGGAAGCUGUAUUGGGUUCAACGUUACGUGGAGAUCCAAGAGAAUUUGUCAGCCUCUCGGAAGACGAUAACAUCUUUUCAUUAGUGUUUAAAUGAAAACAACUUUAAGGCUCAAGAUCACACGGACUUCCCAAUUUCUCUCUUUAAUAAGGCUUUGCUACAAGACACUCAGAAUAUUACAAGCCAUCUUUAAUGCCAAAACCAGCAAGUACACAGAAUCCCGAGACAAGGUAGUUCUUGUGACAGUGCCUUGGCCUCCUGGAAGCAUGUCUGAGCCCUCCUGUUCCUAGGGAUCAUGAGAAACAAGCCCUCCUGAGCUGCUAGAAUUCCUGCCUGACCUCCUUCGCAGUCAUCAUUUGUCCUCUCUUGGUGUGGGUGCUGACCUCACUUAUCCUCGGGGUCUGGGACCUGGCAUCAGGGCUUCUUCACCCCAGGAUCCUCCAUGCCACAUGGUCACUGCUCUCCUCAGGGACCAGGACAAGGUGCUGCCGCUUGCCCACACUUUCCCAUGGAGCAUGUACAAGAUUCGGUUGGCCAUUACCCUGCUGCCCCUCAGUCCUCCAUUGAGGCUUCCAGCUGGGGUACAUGGCUGGCUUGGCGCUUGGAGGUUCUGCAGUCCUGGCUCCAGCACCCCUCUAGAGACUCUGCAGAGGGGGACAGUUUAUAUUCUUGGCUAGACCUGUCAUUUUAAGCUCUAGUCAUAGCACUUUUUCAGUCUCCUAGGCACUGUUGCAGCCCGACUGCAGUAUCCCAGGGUGGUCUUUAGGCACCAGAGUCUUUAACAAAACCCCUUAGUACUGUGUGCUUUUUUAUCCUUCCAGUUCACUCUCUCCCAACUGUUCAGAAGCAUUUUUGCUCUCUUUUGCAUUUUCUUUUUACCUUUUUUUUUUUUUUUUUCCUAAUACUAUUUUGGUACUAGCCAGUGUGGGGAAAAAGAUACAGUAUAGUCUGUUGGAGAGAUAAAAAGAUGUGUUAUUUCUUGGGCAAUUUUCUAUUCAUGUUCCUUAUUUUGGCCAGUUCCUCUGUUUAUGCUUUGUGACAUAGGCACUCAGAAGGCCAGCUGCCCUCCUGGCUUUUGGCUUUUCAGUGUCCUUGAAGGAGACCAGUCAUGAAACGAACACCGAGGAAAAUGUUGGCGUGGUUCUAGAAACUUGGCAGAGACUUGCUUUCUGCUGCACAUUGUCAGGCCAGGUCUGGACGUCUGCAGCUGGAGAUGUAAAUAUUUUGUACAGUAAAUAAAAUGCCUACAAGAAUCGA